UGCCGCAACUCAUGAGCGGAGAAGUAGUAUCUGGUUUCCUUCCUCGAGUUUCCGACAAUCGCUACGGCAAACGGUAGUCUCCCAAAGGUUUGAGUCGGGUGCUUCAACGACUCCAGAGCAUCCGAACGAUGAACGCCCUUCGGAAAUCGUUGCUCUCGCUCCUGGAGAGUUCUAGGAACACUUUCCAAUUGCCCUUGCCGAUUCCUGCUCUGAACUUCGCAGCGCUUGCCGCGAAUCCUGACUCACGGAGUCAACCCAGCGCAAGCUUUCUCGAUGACCUGAAAGAAGGGCUUCUCAGGGCUGUUCAGACCAACCGCAGGAGUGUCCAGCGCCGGCAAUGGCGCCGCAUCGGGAUGCCCCAAUUCAAUUCUAAACCUCGCAGGGAUCUAAAAGUUUGCAUCGCGUGCGGGAACCUUCACGAAGCGCACACCCUUUGUGGCCACUGUUAUGCGUCAGUCAGAGCCGAAACCGAAGUCGUCAAAGAAGCGAUGUCGAAAACCUAUGGUCACCUCAAACCCAUUGAGCACGAAGUUGUCGUAGUCUACGAGGGCGAAGCGAAGCCGAAGGAUCGACCGGAAAAAAUUAUUGAGAUCCCAAAGAAACGACCCGAUUUUUUCGCCAAGAACCUUCUUGAGAAAGAAAAUGUGGCCUGAAUUGGAACGCGCUACCUUAUCCAUCCCCGAGAGGGGAUGGCGACAUCAUGUUAGUUGAGAAUGAACAGAAGUUUUUUUCUCUA